UAUGGAUAGAGAUAAUCCUGAGCAUGUUCCAAUUAAUAUCAAUUAGACUGAGAAUAAGAAACAUUAAUGUUGUCAUCAUAAUCAUUAACAUAAUCAUUAAAAUAAUCAUUAACAUCAUCAUCAUCAUCAUCAACAUUCAUAUAAUCCAUUUGCAAAUGCUCCAAAAGAAAUGAGAGUCUUUAUAUGGUAUGCUAUUCUUAAUGGGGAUUAUAUUAUGUAAAUAUUUAUGCAAUUGCCUAUGAUGGCUUAAGGCUAUUAUUUUUACAUGAUGAUAUAGUAUACUAAUCAUACAAUUAAUUAGCCAGACUAUCAUGACACCUAUUUAUAAACUUAAUGGGCAUCUUAAUUAAAUAAUGCCAGACAAUAUUUUGAGAUAAAUAUUUGGAGGACUUGCUAUCUAUUAUUUUAUUGCUCAUGGCUUUCUACUCUAUUUAAAUUAUGAAACAUACCCUGAAUUGGUAUAAAUAUACAUUUAAUAAUUUAGAAUUUUAUUUUGUAUAUAAUUUAUGCACUAUUUACUACUUACUUUUUAGUUCUAUUAUGUCCAGCAGGUUAAUUCAAAUAAGCAGAUUUCAAAGAACUAUUAGAUACAAAACCAGAAUUAUUUACACUCUCUAAAAUGAAUAGAAAUAUAUGUGUUUUAUGCUCUAUUCCAAAAGUUGUUAGAUCACAACAUUGUUUAUAUUGUCAGAAGUAUUUAAUAAUAAUAUUAAUAUAGAUGUAUUAAAAAAUGGGAAUUUCAUUCAUUGUAAUUAAACACAUGUAUUGGUUUAUACAAUUAUCCAUUCCUCAUUCUCUAUCUUUUUUCUUGGACUUUAUAUUGUUUUUUCAUACUCAGAUAAUUUACAUUAGUAUAAAGAACAUAAGAAAAGUCCUUUUUAGAUUUGCUCAUUAUAUUAAUCAAUAUAUGGCAACUCUAUUAUUUUGGUUAAUAAUAUUUAUUGUGUUUAUUGAGAGUAAUAUUUUGAAUCAUAUCCUAAGAUUUCAUAUAACAUAACUCCAUCAGAAUUAGGAUAAUGGAGAAAAUAUUCCUACUUGUGGGCUAAUGAAAGGGGAAUGUUUGGAAAUCCAUUUGACAAAGGAAUCAUAAAUAAUUGGAUUUCCUUCUUUAAACCUCUUUUUACUAGUAAAGGAGAGGAAAAUUGGGCUACUAAUAAAUACAUAAAUAUUACUGAUAUCCCUAAUCAUCCUCUUGGAGCAAAAGCGUAAUAAAUUAUAGAUUAAUAAAUUCGACAUUUAAGAAUGAUGGAAAAAGAUUUAAUUAAAAGAUAAGCAGUUAAUGAGGAAUCAGAAGGUUUAUUAAAUGAGUGA